UGUCACUGACACUGUCAAAUUUUUGUACUACAAAUUUGUAGGUUACGAAACAAACAUUAAAAAUGCGAAUAUUCAACUUUUUAUCGAAGAAAGUCGGCGAUCUUACUAUCAAAUAUUCAAAUUUUCCUGAGUCUUAUGUGAAAAGGAGCUAUGAACAGGUGUAUUGGAAGACUCCCGCUGGGUACCCACAGUAUACAAAGGCCCAGAUAGCUCGCAAAAAGUUCCGUUUCACAACAAACAGGCCGUGGACUGGCCAGUUCCGUAUGCAAAAUGACCGUGGAGUCUUGAGGAAAAAAGUGUUCUUGGAACCUAUUAAAAACUGGACCUUUUUCAAGGGUGACCGUGUGGAGGUGAUGGUGGGUCGCGACAAGGGCAAGCAGGGCAUAGUGUGCCAGGUUAUCCAGGAACGCAACUGGGUCAUCGUCGAGGGGCUCAACACACAUCUUAGAGUUGUGGGCAAAGACGCCAACUUCCCCGGGGUAACAAUACAGUCGGAGGCACCCCUGCUGGUGACGACGGGCGUGAAGCUGGUCGACCCGGAGACGCUCAAGGCCACGGAGAUCGAGUGGCGCUACACUGAGGAGGGGGACAAGGUCCGAGUCUCACUAGCGAGCGGUAGAAUCAUCCCCAUACCGAAAACGAGUGAAGAGACAAUAGAUUAUAAGACCAAGGACGUCUACAUUGAGAAUGCUGAGAAGGAUACCACUGCCGACGCUGCUACUAAGAUUACCUUCGAUCCGAAGCUGCGCACAUUUGAAAUGGACGUGAUGGAAGCAAUGGGUAUCAAGGAAGAGAGAACUCCAGCUAAAUCCUACUGGUAUUAGUUUAAUUAAAUUAAUAAAAUAAUAUAUAUAAUUCUCGUCAAAAAAAUCGAAACACUUCCAAAUGUUUGUUUAUCAAAACACGAGCAUAAUUAAAUUUGAAUUUGGAAUAUUAAUAUUAAAAAUUAAAAACCCAUUGUAAAAUAUCAUUUAUUUAAUAUUUUAUUCGCAUUUAAUAUUUUCUGAUAAUUCUUAUUUGGCCUAAAGGUCUCUCUAACCAGGCCAAAAACCCUACAAAAAAGAAAAAAGAUAAUCCUUAUGGAACAUUAAACUUGCAUGGUGUUUAGAUUUUUUCAUGAGAAGUGUAUUAUGUAUAGAUAGUGAUCGUGAUUUGUUAAUUAAAUAGUUUCUAUUCAUCGG